AUGGCACUGGCAAAGAAAGGGCAAGUGUACAGCGUCGGCAAUUAUUUGAUGACGGGAAAAGUUUUCGGGAAAGGCCACUUUGCAAAAGUAGAAGAAGCGACGCAUAGGAUUAUCGGCAAAAAGGUGGCGAUUAAAGUAAUAGACUUGACCUGCAUCAAAGAGGACUAUGCAAGACGCAACUUACACCGCGAGCCCCGGGUGAUGGCAAAGUUGCGGCAUCCCUGCAUAGCUGCCCUUUACGAGACUAUGAUGCACGGGCCACGACUUUACGUGGUGAUGGAGGCGGCGGCAGGCGGUGAUCUUUGUUCCUAUGUCCUGGCUGCCCGAGGUUCAGCGCGUGGCCUACCUGAAUCUCGGGCAAAAGCGUUAGCCGCUCAGUUGGUUUCAGCUGUACGUCACAUGCAUUCUAGAGGAGUCGUGCAUCGAGAUCUGAAGAUGGAGAACAUAAUGUUAGAUAGUACUAAGCAGUUCAUAAAAAUUGUUGAUUUCGGGCUUUCUAAUGUAUGGAGUGCGGGUGGAGCGCUACGUACGCCAUGCGGAUCACUAGAAUACGCAGCGCCCGAGUUGUUUGUGGAUGGGCGGAAAUAUGGACCCGAAGUUGAUUUGUGGAGCAUCGGUGUGAUAGUUUAUGGAAUGGUGACUGGAGGUCUGCCAUUCGCGUGUUUAGAAGGAAGCAAACAGGCGACAGAAGGCCACUCUAGACCACAACUAAGGGCUGCUAUAGCAAGAGGGUUUACCAGGAAACAGAGGAAUGCGCUUGCGUGUGUGUCUACAGAAUGCAAGAUGUUCAUACAACAACUACUUGAGCCCAAAGUAGAGCUUCGCAUGAAGAUUGAAGAGGCCGCGCGGCACAGAUGGGUGAAGCGGCCUGGCAUGCGAAUGAAGACACACCCGUUACCGCCGCCCGAUUCCAAAGUUAAUAGAGAGAUAUACAGACAAAUCGCCGAACUUAGCGCGCAGAACUUUCUGGACAUCGUCGCUCAGAUUAAGGCCGAACCAUUUGGUUCAACCGCUGGAUUGUACAAUAUAAAAACGCAUUUACAUCAAAUGCAGGCCGCCUCCGGGCUUGAUCUCCUCUGGUCUUCAAACACAACGGAACCACGUCCUGCAUCACCGCCAGAAUAUCGCGCCAAAUACGAGCUUAAGGAGCCAAGUUUUUCUACACUGUCUCUGCACUCCCAGGUGGUGUCAAAUUUGCAGAAAUACCGUCCAGUUCCAAAACCAACACCGAAGCCGGGAAAUUCAACAGCCGAAGCCGUAGAGAAGAUCAGCGACGAGAUUAAAAGCAAAUCGAAGCAGUUGAGCUAUUAUGCAAUGCGGAGACCAGUUUUCAAGGUGUACGAAAACGGUGAUGGCUUGGACAGUCGUCUACCGAGCAUUAAGGAGUAUUCGAAUCCAGAUGUGAAUGAAAAGAAAGCAAAGCUUAAACCUCCCGUGAGGAAGACCCAGCUAGAGGAACCAUUAAGACUCAGCAGUUGUCCGAACAAAGCUAGCGAUGUGCACAGGAGCGAUUUCUGCAGACGUGGUGGAGAUGGGUUGCCAAGCUGGCGUGCAAGUGGUGUAUCAAGAACGCAAGCACCUCGAAUAUUACUACAAAGUAAUGCGACUACAAUCAAAAGAGCGUCAUUGGGAAACAUUGUGAGCCCGCACUCAUCUUCCAACAAUAGUCACUGCAAGAGCGAAAGAGCAAUGCCUGUCGGCUGGUACUCGCGUCCCAUAGCGAAGGACACACAACGUCUACGCCGCACCGCGCCUAUUAAAUAA